AUGGCAACCAAGAAGCCCCCCAUGAGCGCCUCUGCUUUGGACAGCUCUGAUGCCUCACUCAAGCCAAUUAACUUUCUCCGCGGCUGGCCUGCGCCGUCUCUGUUGCCGGCCGCCGCUCUCCAAAAGGCCACCACGGCCGUGCUCUCUGACCCCGCCAUCUCCGUGCCCGCGCUCCAAUACGGACCGGACCCGGGUUAUCAGCCCCUGAGAGAGAACCUCGCGUCGUGGCUCUCCCGCUUCUACGGGACGCAGGAGAGCGCCGAAAGGAUCGCGGUCACGGGCGGCGCGUCCCAGAGCGUCGCCUGCGUUCUGCAGAGCUAUACGGACCCGAGCUACACGCGCGCCGUGUGGAUGGUGGCGCCGUGCUACUUUCUUGCCGCCGGCAUCUUCCGCGACGCCGGUUUUGAUGGCAGGCUGAGGGCCGUGCCCGAGGGUAAGGAGGGCAUCGACCUGGAAUACCUCGCGCGGGAGGUCGAGAAGCUGGAGAAGGACAACCGCGGCAGGGGGUCGGAGGACAGGCCUCUGUACAAGGACCCGGCGCCCUACCGGAAGAUCUACAGGCAUAUCAUCUACUGCGUGCCGUCCUUCUCGAACCCCUCCGGGAAGACCAUGACCCUGGGGCGGCGGCGGGCGCUGGUCGAGCUGGCUAGGAAGUGGGAUGCGCUGGUGGUGUGUGACGACGUCUACGACAUGCUGCAGUGGCCCAUCAUCGCCUCGUCCCCUACCGCCACCUCGCCGCUCUCUCGCGACGACCCCGGCCAUCCGUCGACGCUGCAGGGCGCCAUCCUUCCCAGGCUGGUAGACAUCGACAUGGAGCUGGGCCCGAGCCCGCACGACCCCCAGGGCCAACAGUUCGGCCACGCAAUGAGCAACGGCAGCUUCUCCAAACUCGUCGGGCCCGGUAUGCGAACCGGUUGGGUCGACGCGGCGCCCGAUUUCGCCGCCGGCGUCUCGCAGACGGGCUCGACGAAAUCGGGUGGCGCGCCGAGCCAGUUCAGCGCCGCGGUGUUGUGCGAGCUGCUUCGCAGCGGGGAUCUGGAACGGCACAUCGAGAACAGCCUAAAGCCCAGCUACCAAAAGCGGCAUGCGCUGAUGGUCAACGCGGCCCGGCGCGCCCUGGACCCCCUCGGCGCCGAGGUGCGAGUUAGUAGCUUGGAGGGCGACAAGGACAAAGAGCAUAUCUUUGGUGGUUAUUUCCUAUGGAUACAUUUCCCGGACGGCCCCGACUCGAAGCUCGUCGCGGACCGCUGCCGAGAGGAGAACCUGGCCAUCGGAUAUGGGGCUUUGUUUGAAGUGCCAGGUGAUGAGGAUGCGGUAAAGCUGGACAAUGAUGUUCGUUUGUGUUUCGCUUGGGAAGACGAGGAAGAUCUAGUGGAGGGCGUAGAGAGACUUGGCCGAGUCGUUGAGGCCUUGAAAAAAGAAGGCGGCGAUGCGGUUAGUCCGAAACAAAUCGCUACAGGUCGUAGUGGAAAUAUGGACGAGUUCAAAUGA